CAGCAGCAGCAGCAUCAUGUUGGCCAGGAAGGGGCUCCUGCCGGACGGCUUCCUGCUGACCCGCCUGGCCGAGGACCAGAACCAACCGAACCGCAGCCGCUCCAGGUCUCAGAGAGCCCGCUUCAUCACCAAGACCGGGUCCUGCAACGUGGCUCACAAGAACAUCAGGGAGCAGGGUCGGUUCCUGCAGGACGUCUUCACCACCAUGGUGGACCUGAAGUGGCAGCACUCCCUCCUCAUCUUCACCUCCGCCUUCCUCUGCUCCUGGAUGCUCUUCGCUAUGAUCUGGUGGCUCAUGGCCUUCGCUCACGGAGACCUGGAGCCUCGUGACCCCGAAGGCGAGCCGGGCCCCGUCCCCUGCGUCACCGCCAUCCACUCCUUCACCUCCGCCUUCCUCUUCUCCAUCGAGGUCCAGGUGACCAUCGGUUUUGGCGGCAGGAUGGUGACAGAGGAGUGUCCUCUGGCCAUCACCGUGUUGAUCAUCCAGAACAUUCUGGGGCUCAUCAUCAACGCUGUGAUGCUGGGCUGCGUCUUCAUGAAGACGGCCCAGGCCAACCGGCGAGCAGAGACGCUCAUCUUCUCCAGAAACGCUGUCAUCGCUCCUCGAAACGGCCGGCCGACCUUCAUGUUCAGAGUCGGAGACCUGAGGAAGAGUAUGAUCAUCUCUGCCACCGUGCAGCUGCAGGUGAUCCGGCGGACGGUGACGGCGGAGGGCGAGGUGAUCCCGGUGUGUCAGCUGGACAUCCAGGUGGAGAACCCUCUGAGGAGUAACGGCAUCUUCCUGGUUUCUCCUCUGAUCAUCAGCCACACCAUGGAGAGAGGGAGUCCACUGUACGAGCUCUCCGCCCAGUCCCUGGCCUCCGAGGACCUGGAGAUUAUCGUCAUCCUGGAAGGUGUGGUGGAGACAACAGGGAUCAGCAUGCAGGCCCGGACCUCCUACACCCCCGAGGAGAUCCUGUGGGGGCGCCGCUUCGUCUCCAUCAUCACAGAGGAGGACGGCCGUUACUGCGUCGACUACUCCAAGUUCGGCAACACGGUUCCGGUCCGGAUGCCGUCUCUCAGCGCCAAGGAGCUGGACCAGACAAGGGGAGUCCAGGAGGGGGGGUCCGAGGUCCAGCCGCAGGGAUGGGGGUUGGUCCGAGCCGGAAGAGGAGGUUUCCGCAGAGGAGGCCGGACCUGUGACAGCUCCGCCCCUCAGCCCUGGUACGCCCAAUCAGAGAAACCAGCGGAGAGAGAGGCGGAGCAGAAAGGACAGAAGAAGAUGGUGCAGCUGGAGGUGAUUGGACGACAGAUUGAAGAGGACGGACUGGAAGACAUGAGCGACUGAACACCUGGAGACACUGUCCCCACUCCAGCUACAAACUGGAUUAUUAUUACACACAGUAUUUACCUCGACUCUUCCUCAGUCACAUGACGCUCUGAUCUGACUCCUCCCUACACUUCCACCGGUUUAUGUAAAAUUACUCAAAGAACAUUUAUUCUAAGAUUUAAAUUAUUGUAACCAAGUCUCAUUAUAAUAAAACAGUCGACCGGAGGAGUCUCUGAGUUUUCCUACAGAAUUCAGGGGAAAUCUGGAUCUGGAUCUGGUUCUGGAUCUGGUUCUGGAUCUAGAUCUGAAUCUGGUUGUGGUUCUGGGCCUGCAACAAUAUCCAGUUGUUCUGGUUCAGUUUCAGUCUCUUCAGGUUUGUGGUUUUUGUUCCAGUGAUUUUGGAGCCACAGUUUUUCUCUCCUACAGAGAUUUUAUUGUUUUUAUAUUUAAACUUCAUUUUAUUAAUUUCUUCAUUGAAAUGUUGGAGAUUUUUUGUCGCAGGUUUCGUUUCGUCUCCGCUGGUGAUGAAAAUCUUUUGUUAAUGGAAUCAAUAGUAAACAGCUGAGGUCGACACGAUGAUGGUCUUCAGAGAGACGUUUGAAAAUGUAAGAUGUUUCCUCCCUGUUUUAACCCUUUCAGGUGCCCCUCCCCCGCCGCCCAACCAUUUGUAAAUGACUGGUCGUAUCAAAGUAGUCGUAUCAGCAACAGGCUCAAGCCGCAGACUGAUGAACUGAAACUAACAGACAGAUUGGGAUGUUGUUAUUUUAAUUCAAGAAACUAAAAAUGUAUAUAAAGUUUAAUUAUACAACCCAAAAGUCAUAAAUCUGUACCAUCAAUAAAAUUAAUUGAAACCCGAUAACGUAACGAGGUAAAAACCUGUAUCUGUCUGGACAUGGUCAGAGUGUGAAAUGAGAACCUGAUUGAAAACUGCUCUAAAGAACUACGCUCAACAGAAAGGAGGUAAAACUGCUGGAGAAGUUGCUAAAGGUCUCUAGAUGACAUCAUAAGCUAAUUAGCAUAUUCAUGAGGUUGGCGUGUCGGAGGUGUUUGCAGGAAGAAGCCAGAAGAAAGAAAGAAUUGAAAACUUUUCUUCUUUGUAUUUAUUUUUAAGAUGAUAUAAAAGUAUUGAAAUGCAAAUUAGCAAAACAAGUUGAAGAAGUGGAUUAAUUAAUUUGACAUGUGACCUGAGAGGCAGGAAGUGAAACAGGCGACAGAACAACAGCAUCCGUUUAGCUCGUGUUAACUUUAUAAAAUGCUAAACUGCUGCAGGUUCUUAUCCUCCAUGACUUCACAUCCAGGACCACCACACAGUCAGCAGGGAUCCCAGCAGGGCCAGGAUGGGCGUUGUCGUGGUAACGGCGUUGCUGGAGUUGCACAGGUUGUUGCUG